AUGUCGACGAGGACGUACCAGGAUGCGAUAGUUCACCUCAACUCCCUUCAAUCCAAUGCCGCGACUCUCGAAGCUGUCAGAGCAUCUGGUGGACGGCUGAGCGAGUUUGCUAUCCCGGAGAUGGUAGAGUACUUGCACAGGAUAGGCUACGAACCCGAAGAUCUGAACAAGCUGAACAUCCUGCAUAUCACUGGAACCAAGGGCAAAGGAUCGACUUGUGCUUUCACUGAUUCCAUCCUUCGCCAUGUGAAGCCAGAGUGGAAGAUAGGCCUAUAUACAUCUCCUCACUUGGUCGCUGUACGAGAACGCAUUCGUAUUAAUGGCGUACCUCUCUCCGAAAGUGAUUUCGCUCGAUUUUUCUUUGAGGUCUGGGAUAGAUUGAAUGAGAAUGACAAGCGAAAGUUUCCGAGUACACCAGCGAAACCGAUGUACUUCCGCUACGUAACACUGGUCGCAUUCCAUGCCUUCCUGAGCCUCAAGGCAUGCAGCUCCUCGCCUCUAUAUGCCUCGUUGAUGGUCAACGCGACAAUCUUGGAAGUAGGGGUCGGGGGAGCGUAUGAUAGUACCAACAUCGUCCCACGGCCCGUCGUGACUGGCGUUUCUGCUUUGGGAAUUGAUCACACGGCCGUGCUGGGAAAGACACUAAAGGAAAUUGCAUGGCAAAAGGGUGGAAUUUACAAGGAAGGUGUGCCUGCAUUUACGGUGAUCCAACCCGAUGAAGCCUUGGAGGUUCUCAAGUCUCAAAGUAAGGAACGCAAGGCGUCUGAAUUCACAGUCAUACCUUUGAAGUCAGAAAUAUCGGGUGUCAAACUAGGUUUAGCUGGAGAACAUCAAGUUCAAAACGCCAACCUUGCGGUCCAUCUAGCGCAAAAGUUUUUGCAGAUUCAAGACGGCACUAAACCAGAAUCGCCCCUAUCGCACUUGUAUAUCAAGGCUUUGGAAAACGCGAAAUGGCCGGGCCGUUGUCAAACCGUUAUGGACCCAAAGCACCUCGACACUACUUGGUUCUUAGACGGCGCUCAUACCAAGGAGAGCCUCGAGUGCUGUGUAGAAUGGUACGUCAGUCCCACAGCAGGACUGAGACCCAAACCAACCGCCAGAGGACGGAUACGUGUUCUUAUCUUCAAUUGUACGAACGGUCGCUCUGGAUCGUCGUUCUUAGGAACGAUGUUGGAGAAGGCUGGAGUUCAGUUGAAGCGCCAUGGGUCAGACGAAGAGUCGAGUUGGUUAUUCGACCACGUUAUCUUUUGUGCGAACGUUACGUAUGCUGACGGGGGUUUCAAAGGAGACUUGACGACCAAUGCGAUACCUGAGGCCGAUCUCGCCCAACUCAAGACUCAACAAGAGCUAGGUAUUGCGUGGAUGUCUCUCGUGCCCUCUUUUCCCUCAAAGAACAUACAUGUUCUUCCUUCGAUUGAGCAUGCACUCAGAGUAGUGCGUAGUCUCACUAUGGAAGCGCAGGGCCCUUCAGCCGUGGAUGUCUUGGUGACGGGUAGCCUUCAUCUCGUUGGAGGGAUGAUCGAAGUGGGCGAUUUGACGAGCGUUGCGCUGUAA